UUGAGGGAUACAAAUAUAGUUUUGAAGCACUUUAACAAUUCUAAAUACAAUGAAUUGUAUUCACAUCAGAUCUGCUGAAAUAUGGACUUCUGUUCUCUAUAUGUUGCCAGACUCAGGUGCCCACGGGGGUUCGGACAGCUCUGACUCAGCCAUUCUUGAUCAGGAACUUGAACCCUAUUUGAGGUCACUUCUUGUAAUCAGUGAUGAGCUUCCCCUGAGCCCAAGACAUGAGCAAGCCAAGCGCCUGCUGGAGAGAGCCCGGCUAAAGGCUCGUUCCAAUCAUGUCAAAGGCGAUUGCCCCUCCAGACGCUCCCAUUCCAACCAGAGGUCUGCUGAAAAGACUACGCAAGAUGAGCCUCCCAGUCCAGUGGUACUGCAGAAAGCUGUUCAAACCAAAGAUGAUGUCACACCCCAAACUGUAUCUAUUCCCCUCCCCAUCCCCAACCAAAGAGAUAUUGCCCCUGGAGACAAUGGUGUUCGAUCCAGACGGUAUGGUUGUUCACCAACACGGGUACGCUUUGAAGAUGAAUCUGAAAAGGAAGCAGAGUCUCGGUACUUGGAUAGAGUAAGACAGCGAGGCAGGCCUGGGGCGCCUAAGUCCAAGAGUAAAGAGAGUAAAACAGAUUCUAGCAGCAGCAGUUCAGAGCGGAGCAGAGGCCAUAGAAGUGUCUCCAUGCCUCCUGCACAAAAGCCAGAAGAGGUUGGCCUCAAUGUUGAACCUACAACAGUUAUUAAAGAGAUAAUAGUGCUAGUGAAGAAAUGUGAGGCAUGUGGCUCUGUAGUGAGGGAACCCCAGCCAGUUUCAUCAACAUCCGAUCCACAGAAGCUGGAUCCGCAGCUUCUAGGCAACCCUGAGGACCAACGAGGAGGAAAAGUUUCUCCUAACUGGGUGCCUCCAAGCAAGCCAGAGGUGAUUACUCGUCCCAAAGCGUCUCUAACUGUCACUUUUGCUGGGGCUUAUGUGCUUGGGGAAAGUAAAGAGAGAAGCACAGGCUGGAAAUCCUCAGGGUUUGGAAAACUUAGGAGAAGGAGCAGGAAAGGAGAAAGUCGGAUAGAGUCUGGCAACGGCCCGUAUGGUCCAUCUUGGGCACAGCGGCGUAAUUCAAAUCCAAGGAGUAGGGUCAACUUGGAAAGAGCUGUCUCCUUCGCCCCAGGCAGCCCCAUAGCUCUAGAGCCCCAUUUGCUGAAAGCAUCCGGUGGACUACGGGAAUCCUCUGCUCCAUCACUGCCUAUAAAAUCUGCCUUGAAGUCAAGUUCCAGAAAUCGCUCUGCAGCAGGGCAGUCCACAGUUCAGUUCCAAAUUACCUCAGAUCAGGGAAGCGAGGGAGAGUCCCAGCACCUGGACUCACCAGAUACAGGACGGGAGUCUCUGGUAGCUUUGACCCAAGUGAUUCCUGCAACCAGCAUCCCAGUACCCUGUUUAAGGCCCUCCACCCUCAGGUACUCCCCAGCCCGCAUCACCACUGAUCUGCCGUCUUCUGAAGUCUGGGAUUCAACCCCGGACGGAACAGGUGAGUGGUGACCUUAUUAUUUACAGUCUAUGGUGGUGACAUAGAGACUCUGUGCUAAAUAUAAACUGUAUUAAACAUGGACAUUGUCUUAGUGAUGUCACCCAUUGGUUAUUGAAGCA